CUGACGAAUCGCUAUCGGUGUUUCAGCUUCGAUUUGGCUGCAUUCAGAAGGCGGCGGUCCGCACGCGAAGGGUUAGGGCCGCAGUUCCUCUCAAACACGACGUCAAAGGAAUCGAAUCGGGGUGGACGUCUUGGAGGGAGUUUUAAGCUGUUUUGGGUAGCUGGGCGCGUCCAGGGCGAUAUCUGAGUGUGUAUGGCCCAUUUCGAGAACUUUUCUCGCAGUGUUGGUUGGUGGCCUGUCGGCGCUGGACAUCCCACCCUGACAAGGGAGGCUGCAGCAGCUGCUGAUCUUGCGGGGAUCUCGGCUGAGCGUCCCCUGUGAUCGCCAGAAGGCGCCCUUCUUGUGUUUCAAGAGGCGCUGCAUCCAUCUCGAGUCGCUGGUGUGGAGGUCCCCUCUCUCUGCGGAGCCAAGGCGCUUACGGACGGCCUUUUAGUGGGCGUGUUGGUUUCAUAUUGGUGACCCCCGUGGCGCCCCGUGGCGUGUCUCUGGGAUCAAGAUGGACAGCGACGAGGCUCUGUUUCAGCCUCUAGCCAGGCCGGGGCAUGUGGGAGACAUCGACUACGACAAGGACUGCCAGAUCUGCUUCGAGCCCUUCAUCUCGGGGCACUUCUUCGACAUCCGGCACCCGACCCGCGUCAAGAUCGAGACGCUCUGCUGCCGCCAGUCCAUCUGUGGCGUCUGUGUGGCCGAUUUAAAGAAGUCUAGGGGGGCCUGUCCAUUUUGUCGCAAGGGACAGAAGAAGUCGAGCUCGUCCCGGCAGCAGGGCGCCGACGGGACGACAGGGGCAGCUGACGAUGACGCGGCGCCGGCCAACCAGACACCCACUGCUGCAGCCGACGGAGCCCUCCCCGCUGCUGCUGCAGCAGCGGUGGCAGCUGUCGCACCCACACCCCCCCUCCCCGCCCAACCCUCCCCCGCAUCCUCAUCAGGCCUCCUGAGCCAGCCGGGUAUGAACGCGCCGAUUGGCGGCUACGCGCCCGUCGCCACGUACGCGAGCGCACUGGCAAACGGGCUGAACGGAUUGGGGUCAUCUGCGGCAGCGCCGGCUCCACCACCGUCGGGGAUUGGGAGUGGUAUUGGGGGUGGCAAUGGUGGCGGGUUGCUGGAUGACAAUGCGGCGUUGCGGGCGUACAUCUUCCAGGUGACUGAGCAGGAGGGCAGACAGAUGGAGACCACCAUCCCGGCUGCCAUCGCCCAGCGCGUCAGCGAGAUGUCGGGCUUCGGCCCUUACGCGCCGACAUCGGAACCAAGCGCCCCCAGCGCACCAUCACCCGCACCUACACCUGCAGCGGCCGCAGCGGCCGCGUCGUCGUCCGUGGAUGCGUUGUUCCGGCCGUCCAGCAGCCCCUAUGGCCGAGUCGACCUGGAGAGCUCCCCUCUGCAGUCGUCCCCCGAGGAUUCCCGCCGCGACUGGCUGCUCGGAGGGGGCACCGCUAUGACGACCGUGCCGUCGGCUUCGCCCGGCUCGUCGUCGACGUCGAGUGCGCUGCCGGGGGUGGCGUCGUCGUUUAUGCCAUCGCCAUCCGCCAUGGCGGCGGGUUCUGCAGCCGGGGGGGAAAUUGGGGUCGGGGGUGUGGUGCAGCGGAUGAUGCAGCAGUGGGGGCUGAGCGAGGCCGACCUGGAGCAAUACUUGUCGAUUGGCAUGCAGACAGUCAUGUCCAACCAACAGCAGCAGGCAGCCGCCGCCCCUUCCCAGGCAAUGCCGCCCGGCCUCCAGGCCUUCCUCGACAUAGCUCAACCAUCAUCACAUGGUCAUGACCAUGGCCAUGGCCAGCAGGAGCCCUCAAGGAGCUCAUCAGACCCGCCCUUCUUCGACACCAUCGGCCACCCGCAUCAGGGAGUUGAUCUGGGCCACCACUCGUCUGAUGCAUUGCUUGGUGGGGAUGUUGGCGAGUAUGGGGGCGGGGCUGCGGCCGCUGCAGCUGCAGCUGCUGCGUCAUCUGCGUCAGGUUACGGCGGUCUGCACAACGGUUAUGGUGGUGGGUGGGAUGGGGGGCUGGAGGGUGACGAUGAGGAGGAGUUUGACGAGUCCCAGAUACCCGAGCCGCCACCCAUAUUCGAGGUGACCAACAGACAAAAGACAAUCACUCACUCACAGCACAGCACAGGUUCUCAUUAUCACUUCUGUGUCUGUGUGUCUGUUGGUGUCUUUCAGGAUGAUGAAUUCCAGAGCACACAGCCACCCGAGUCUGUGCCAGGACCAUCGACAGUCUCUGCACCCCUCCCUCCCACACUCCCCAUCCCCGCCAAGCCGGCCGACCCCGUCCCCACCUCCACCCCACCCAUCGCCAUCGCCGCAUCAGCGUCAGGCGCGUCAUCUUCCGACUCCCUCAAACAGCCCAAAGACACAUCAUUCCCGCCGCCCCGCAUCCUCACCCCCCCAUCGGUGGCCGUCGGCAGCCGAGCCAAUUGGGGGUCUCCGCACGAGCCCUCCACCACAGUAUCCGCCAAGACUGCUGACCGGCCGGCCGCCAGUGCUGGCGGCAAGCCGACGAUCAUCGGCCGAGGAGUGGGCGAGAGUGGCAAGAAGGGCAAGGGGCAGCAAGGGGGGCAGCAGGGCGGCGGUGCCAAGGACAAGGGCGCUGUCGAGGAGAAGGAGAAGGAGAAAUCCAAGGAGAAGGACAAGGAUGGCAAGAAGGCGGUGAAGCGGUCGGCCAGCGACGUCAUCCCCGAAAAGAAGAAGCCGCAGCAGCCAGAUGAGAAGAAGAGUGUGCUCGAGAAGCCCACUAUUCCCGAGAGGCGGCCCAAGAAGGAGCCCGCGCGCCCCAAGACCACCCUGUCCGACUUGCGCAACGACCCCAUGCGCAACACCUUCGCCCACAUCGCCGAGUCGGACACCGAGUCAGAGCAGGAGCAGGAUGACACCAGCAAGGAGGAGGAGGCCACCCCCGAGCCCGCCGUCGCCGAGACCGCCCCCGAGGCGGCGGCCACCGGCAAGAAAAAGAAGAAAGACAAGAAGAAGCAAAAGGACAAGGCGGCGAGCGAGACUCUGCCGUCCGAGGACCCCGCUGCUGUCCCGGCCAAGACGUCGUCAUCCCCUGCCCUGACCCUCGAGCCCAUCGCAGAGGAGGGCAAGGACGCCAGGAAGGGCAAGAAGAAGCCGCCUACGCCCACAGCCAACGGCACCGCCACGGACAAGACCGGCAGGGGCGCCACGGGGGUGUCGAGCACGGCUGCGAGCACACCCAACGGCACCGAUGCGACGGCGGGCGGGGGGCUACGUGAUGGAGAGGGCGGGGGAGGGAGUGGUGAUGUGGCGGCGUCGCGGAUGGAUAGCUCUGCGUUCAAGACGCUGUGUGUCAGGGCCGCCGAGACCAAGAAGAGGGGCGACGGCUUCUGGCAGAUCAACAGCAUCCGGUAGGCAGGGCAGGCACGACAAAAUGACCCACCACAGACCAAUCGACACAUUCACGCAUCUAUGUGUGGUCUCUUGUCUGUCACGGUGUGUGGUGUGUGUCAGCGAUGCGGUGGCCAAGUGGGAGGCGGCGCUGAAGCUGCUGGAGUCCCUGCCGUGCGCGUCGCUUCCGCCCCCCAAGGACACUGACGAGCUGGCCAAGGCGGCGGCUGCACCGAUCAACGGCGUGGUCGACCUCACAGCGUUCAACAAGACCGUCUCAGACCUGGUGGGCAGGAGACAGACAGACCGACCGACAGACAGUGAGAUAUUCGGACCCGAUCGAUGAAUGGAAUGCGUGUGUGUGUGUCUCAUAUAUGCAGUUCAUUGCGUGCAACUCCAACUGCGCCGAGGGCUACAACCGCCUCAAGGUAUGUACGUAAGGGCACCCACCCACCAGCACACACAGCAAUGCAUGCAUCAAGGGGAACUCGUGUCUGUGUGUUUAGGAUUGGAAGCGUGCCGAGGAGAAGUCGAGCGUCGUGUUGGGUGUGGUGGACGACAACAUCAAGGCGCUCUUCAGGCGGGCCGUGGCGCGCGAGCAGCUCGGCAACGACUACUUCGGCGGGAGAGACGACAUCGAAAAGGCCAUAGGUACGGGCGUCUCGCACACCGACCGACAUACUUACGCGCCAUGUGUUCUGUGUGUGUGUGUGUGUGAUAUCGUCCAAAGCGAUGUGGGAGGAGAAGGGCGUCGACACGGAGCAGAAGCGGGAGGCCAUCGACCUGCGAUCGCGACUAGACAUUCAGUGCGAGGUGGGGGAUACCGAACAGACAACACACAACACACAUACACACACACAUCUGUGAAAUCGUUGCGUGUGGUGUUUGGUCAGUUGUGUGGCGGCGGCAAGGGCGGCAAGUCUGCUGACAAGGGCCCCAAGGCCAGCCGCAAGAAGUGACCUCAACUGCGACGGCCACACGGGCCACCGACAGGUCAGCAAUACGACACUCCCACUCACCAGCUCAGCACGCACAGCCGACGGGAACUUUCUGUCUCUCUGGUGCUGUCCCUCCUGUGUGAUGUGUUGUAUUGUGUUGUGUGCAGCAUUGCUAGGUUCUAACCGUAGUGGGGUGAGGGGGAGGGGGAGGGAGGGAGAGGCUUGGGCUGACUUGCUCCUUCGCUGAUUGAUUGGUGCCAUCAUCACGCAUUCACCGGUUUGCCAUCCAUCCAUCCAUCCAUUGUUGUGCUCGCGUGUUUGGAGGGCUCGCCCGGGUGGCCGGGGGAACCCAAGGGAUGGGCGCACUGGAUGCCGGUCAUUGCUGGGGGCGCUUUGGGGGUGUGUAAUGUGUGUGUGGAUACGGGCUUGCUUGUCUGGCUGCGGACAGUUCACUCACCAUGGACUGUUGCAUUAUUGAGUGACACAGCCAUGCAGACGAUGUGUGUGUGUGGACCCGUUUACUGCUUAAUCACUGACUGACUGAAUGAGCAGGCGUGUGUGUGUCCAGGUUGUUGCUUGCUGAUCCACUCACUGCGUGGCGGCAUUACACACACACACACACACAGAGAGAGAGAGAGAGAGGGAGGGAGAGCAGAGAGAGCACGGCGCUUGGGGACAAAAGGGGUCUCUGUUUUGAGUGCAUAAUCGGCUGAAGAGAAUUGCGGCUCUCUUUCUGUUUUGCGAUUUGGUGUUGCCGCCGCUUGCUUCGGUGCUCGCGUGUUUGUGGAGGGGUAUCGCCUCAUCUGCUGUCUUCUCAUUCAGUCCCCACUUGGGCUGGAUUGAAUGAGAAGACCGAGGAAGGGGCAGAACCCAGCACCAGAAACAAUCAGGGGUUCUUCGUGGAUAAGGGAAGGACAGGGAGAGAUGGAUGGCUCAGCAGGUCGAUUCAUUGGCCGAUUGGUUAAUCUACGUGGACGAUCUCGCUGCGACUGAGUGUCCUGUUCAUCCCGCUGAAUGGUCUGAAUCUACUUGUGGAGAGAGGGGAGGGGGAGUGUAUGUGGUUAAUCCGUUUCUCGUGCCUAAGGGGCACUGGGGGUUGCUGUGUGUGCUGCGUGUGUCGUGCCGCUUGUCGGGUGUGUAGUGG